GGAUCUCAUGGAGUGUUCUCAGGAACUACUCCUCCGCCAGCGCCAAGGAGAAGGCGGGGAGAAAUGCCGUCUGCGAGAGGACAGAGCUGCUGGAAGUGCUGAAAGCUCGAGUGAAGCAGCUCCAAGCCAGUAACGUCCCAGAGGUGACUGUCAACAAAGUGGAGCUGGCCCCGCUGGGGAAUGGCAAGUACGAGGACCCGCUGCAGAAAGUGGUGGCUCCCAGCCCCACGGAGGAGCAACCUGCUCCCAAGGGAAGGGAUGAGGGCCCAGCCCAGCCCAGCAGCUGGGUGGAGAAGUUGAAGAAAGAGAUGUACAUCCGGCAGCUGAAGGUGGAGCGGAAGUUAUCCAUCGCUGCCUCCCAACAGGCUCUGGAGGGCCAGGCCAAGGCCAAGGCCAAGACCAAGGCCAAGGCCAAGACCAAGGCCAAGACCAAGACCAAGGCCAAGGCCAAGACCAAGGCCAAGGAGAGCCAGAAGAGCCCGAAGGCUAAAGUGGCUGCUGCCUGGAGACAGAGCCCCAGCCUCUACAGAGUCUACGCCCACGGCAAGCCCAGGGUGGCAGCAGCGAAGGAGGGUGCAAAGGUGCAGAUAACUCACAGGGUGCCGGAGGACAAAGACAGCAGCCAGUUCAAGAUCCUGCAGCAGACCAUCCAGGCCAACCUUGAAUGCUUCCUCUUCUUGCAGCAGCCGGAGGAGGCCGAGAGGUUCCUUCUCUUAUACCACAGCUCCCCUGCGAAGAGAAGGCUUUUGAAUGUCAACGCGUACAACAUCGUGAUGCGUAGCUGGGCCAGAAAGGGCCGCUUGCAGCACAUCAACCGGCUGUUAUCCAUGCUGGAGUCCGUCGGCCUCCGGCCCAACCUGGACUCCUAUGCGGCAGUGCUGGAGUGCAUGGGCCGGAACCAGUCGUCCACCAAAACCAUCUGGAGAUGUGUGCAGCAGCUGAAGAAUGAUGGCUUCCACGUGGAUGAGCUCUUCCAAAAGUGCCUGUUUGAGGAAGAUGAGAAGGAGAAGGUGCUGAGGGCCAUCAGGAUUGUCCAGCCCAACUACCAGCUGCCCCCUCCACCCAAUCCCGAGAUCUGCAAGUCUUCUCUGCUCCAGGACUUCUACUCCAAAGAGAAGAUGGUGUCGUACCCCAAGCUGGAUUUCUCUGUGCAGGAGCUGCAGGAGUGCUUUCAGCAGCAGCUGGAGAUGGAGCUGGACAACACUGUAACCAUCGAGUCGGUGGAGUCAAGCAAACCUCUGACCCCGCAAGCCAUUAAAGCGCGCAAACUGCUGGCCACGCUUCGUUCCCAGUGGCAUGACUCCAUCCUCCGGGCCCUGCAGAAGUCAAAGCAUAGCAUGUCCAAGCUCAAGACGGUGUCGGGGUACAACAUUCUCUACCCCUACCUGUGCCUGCUGCCGGAUGAGGAGUACGUGAGCAUCAUGCUGCAGAUCCUCAACACCCUCUCUCCACAAGGAGAAUCCCUGGCUGUCUUGGCCAGGGAGCUGGGCUCCAAAGUCUACAACAGAUACAUCACCCAGAGGAAGCUGCGCAGCCGCCAGCUGGAGAAGGUGCAGCACGUCUAUGAGGACUACAUCCACCUGCUAGCAAAGAACAGCCAGCCUGACGAGUACUUGCCGCGGGAAUAUUGGGAGAAGCUGGUGGCAGAAGCAGGCUUUGGGCCUUCCCUGAACUUGAAGGACUGCGGCUGGCCGUACAUGCUCCUCAUGCGCCUGGGCAUGCACAUGCUGGAACUCCUGGUGCAGGCUGUCAAGGUGCCCAGGAACAUCCUCAAUCCUCGCCUGGAAUCCAAGCUUAUCCCCGUCCUUUACCACAUCUACUCCUUCCGCAGCAGCUGGCAGGUUGGGCUGAUAAAACCCCAUCCCAUCUUCUCCCAGCUUGUGUCAGACGCUGCAGAAACCUUGCUGACCUUUAACUCCUCUGCCAUACCUAUGCUGUGCCCCCCAGUACCCUGGAUGUCCCCCCACUUUGGUGCCUUUGUCCUGAAUGACACCAAGUUGAUGCGCUUUGUGGAUGGGGCCAUCCAGCACCAGCUGCUCCUGGAGCAGUGUCCGCCGGUGAACCUCCACCCCGUGCUGGAUGCCCUGAACCAGCUGGGCAACUGCGCCUGGAAGAUUAACCAGCCAGUGCUGGAUAUCAUCAUCUCCAUCUUCAAUGACAAAGGCAAUGAGAAGCUGGACAUCCCACCGCCCAUCUCUGAGGCCCCCAGGCCUUCUGCUGCUCCCAGCAAUUCGUCUACCUGGACCAAGUCCCAGAAGCACGAGCUGUUGCUGUGCAAGAAGAAGGCAGCCGAAAUGCACAGCUUGCGCAUGGAUGCGCUUUAUAAGCUCUCCAUCGCCAACUACGUCAGGGACAAGGUGUUCUGGUUUCCUCACAACAUGGACUUCCGAGGCAGGACUUACCCUUGCCCACCUUAUUUCAACCACCUCGGUAACGACGUGACCCGGGCCAUCCUGCUUUUCGCAGAGGGAAGGCCGCUGGGGCCCAAGGGCCUUGACUGGCUGAAGAUCCACCUCAUCAACCUCACGGGGCUGAAGAAGAAGAACGCCUUGCAGGAGCGGCUGGAGUACGCCAAUGAAAUCAUGGAGGAGAUCCUGGACUCGGCCGACCACCCACUCACGGGCAGGAAGUGGUGGAUGAACACCGACGAACCCUGGCAAGCCUUGGCGUGCUGUAUGGAAAUCGCCAAAGCCUCGCGGUCCCCGGAUCCAGCCGCCUACAUCUCUCACUUCCCAGUUCACCAGGACGGCUCUUGCAAUGGUCUGCAGCACUACGCAGCUCUUGGCCGGGACCUUAUCGGCGCCAUCUCCGUCAAUCUGAUGCCCUGCAGUAUCCCCCAGGAUGUCUACAGUGCGGUGGCCCAGCAGGUGGAGGAGUUUCGGAAGAAGGAUGCUGAACAGGGGGUGAAGAUCGCCCAGGUGCUGCAGGGCUUUGUCAGCCGCAAGGUGGUGAAGCAGACAGUGAUGACGGUGGUGUAUGGUGUCACACGCUACGGCGGGCGGCUGCAGAUGGAGAAGCGUCUCAAGGAGAUUGACGAGUUCCCUGAGGAAUACUUGUGGGAAGCAUCUCACUACCUUGUAAAGCAGGUGUUCAAUAGCAUCAAGGAGAUGUUCUCAGCAACUCGAGACAUCCAGCACUGGCUGACGGAGAGUGCCAAGCUCAUUGCCCAGUCGGGACGGACAGUGGAGUGGGUCACGCCGCUGGGUCUCCCCAUCGUGCAGCCCUACUAUCGGUCCAGGUCCACCGUGCUGAAUUGCAGCAUGCAGCACUUGAGUGUGAAAAACUCCAACAGCAGCCAGAAGCCCGAUACAGUGAAGCAGAAGAACGCCUUCCCACCCAACUUCAUCCACUCCCUGGACUCCACGCACAUGAUGCUUACGGCUCUGCACUGCCUCAGGCAGGGUCUGACCUUCGUCUCGGUCCACGAUUGCUAUUGGACUCACGCGCUCACCGUGGACAUCAUGAACCAGAUCUGUCGGCAGCAAUUUGUGGCUCUGCACAGUGAGAAGAUCCUGCAGGAUCUGUCCGAGUUCAUGCUGGAGAAGUACUGCAGCCCCAGCAGAGAGACCAGAGCCCUCUGGCAGAAGAAGCUGAUGGAGCAGCUGUCGAGUGUCCCCAAGACAGGCGAAUUCAACCUGAAGAAGGUGAUGGACUCCACCUAUUUCUUCAGCUGAGCCAGCGGGACCCCGGACUACCUCUGUACUGCCAGCUGCCUCGGAGGCUGCGGUAGGCGCUGGCC